CUCAAACAGCCGAGUACCUCAAAACAACAAGAAAUACAAUAUCUCUCCCCUUCCAAGCUACCUUCACCUUUAUCAGUACCUUUCUCUGAUCCUAAAAGAACGUGAUUCCUUUCUGGCCGCCAGUCCUAUACUCAAUACUCAUCAUCAAUCUUAGCUGAAAAACCAACACAAUCAUGAAGCAAACGGUUGUGAUCAAGGUGGACAUGGAUGGCCACAAGUCCUUUUUUGGUGAGCUGGAUGGACAAAAAGUCCGUUCCAAAGCCUUGAAGAUUGCAGUCGGCAUUUCAGGGGUGGUGUCGGCAUCUUUAAAAGGAGACGAAAAGAACCAAAUAGAAGUAAAAGGAGAAAGGAUUGAUACAGUGAAACUUACAAAAUUACUCAGGAAGAAAGUGGGAUUUGCAGACAUAAUUACUGUGGCGGAAGAGAAGAAAGAGGAGAAGAAAGAAGAACCAAAAGUAGAAUACAUGGCGUGGCCUUAUCAUUAUACGCCUUCCUACUCUUCCUAUCCAUUCUAUGCGCCGUCAGGGAUUACAUAUUACUGUUCUCAGUAGAGACGUGAGCGAGCUGGCAGCGGAGAAAUUUCAAUAUUAUACGUGCAUGAUCAGUAUUUGUUUUUUUAUCUUUUCAGAUGCUUUCCCGAGGAGUGCGAUGCAAAUCUGUUAUCAUGAUUCUGUUCUAUAUUAGAUAUAAAUAGAUGGUGUUCAGUAC